AAAGAUAUUCAUUAAUUUAUGAUUAGUUGUGUAACUUUUCUGUUAAUUAUAUAUGAACUGAAUUUUUAAUUACGAGUAUUUAACGGAUAAAGAAAUGUAAAGAAACCAUCUGAAGAUCAAGUGUUACUCAAAACAAUUCGUGGAAGAUGCAUUUUGGACGUGAGUUAGUUCCAAUCUUGCUUGUCUUUGUGACAUUUACAUCUGCCAUCUAUAUUGAAACAAAGAAACCAAGUCGGUUUCAGAUCUACAAGAAGCACCUGAAGAAAAGAGGAAGGCAGUUGUUUAAGAGUGAUCCAGACAUUGAUAACUACCUAAGUAUAUAUGACACUGACGUGAUGAUAUGGCGUUGUCGUAACGCAAUCCAGCCCCCGUAUGAUGGCAGUCCCAUUCCAGUAGUGGAAUUGUACUGUGAAGUCCUCGGGUCCGUGGCGGAUCUUCAGUGGUUCCAUAAUGGCAAAAAGAUUCAUGUUGAGAGGAAUCCAAGAUACCAACUGUCCGCUGUGUCUCACUACUACCGUCAUUACUGGUUCAACCAAUGGAUAAAUUUCACGCUGAAAAUCUUCAACGCGACCAACAAGGAUUCUGGGAUAUACACCGUCAAGGCGAUUAGCCCAAAAAAGAAGACUCAAUCAAAAACGGUAUUCAUGGAUAUUUCCGUGAAACAGUGGAGUCUAAAACAUCACCGUAGUCACAAUAUGAUAGAGAAGAUUCAACGAUACAAGUAUUAUAAACGUAUGCGCAGGAGAGACUCCCAAUAA